GUCAGACCCAAACCUCGAGCCCGUUUGCCCAGUCACAAAGAGGUUUAUCCCCCCAUUCUCCUUGUUGAGAGAGAAAUUAUAAAAGAAAACUUUAGAGAGAGAAACUCAAACCUAAAAAACUCUCCAAAAACCAUCAUCACCGCAACUCGGGAUUUCUGUUUUUUAUUCAAUCCAAUUCCGAAACAAAAAACACGUUUGGUGUGUUGUGUAUGUUCGCUCGCACCGGGUUAACGGAGCCGAUACUUAAGAAGCGUUGGCCUUUAAGACGGUGUCGUUUUGCAUGAGACAUAGGAUAUCGUAUUUGAUGGACGAGAUCUGGGAGAGGGCUGUGGAAACGGCGUUGGACGGCGAGAAAGACCACGCGGCCGCGCGGACGCUAACCCUAGACGGCGCCGUUAAGUGCGUCCAGGGGCGGUUACCCCCGCCUAGCCUUCUGGAGCGGUUCCAGAACCUGCAGCACCUCUCAAUAGCAAACGUCGGCGUUUCGUCGCUGGAGCAGUUUCCCCGGCUGAGGAACCUGCAGAAGCUGAACCUCUCCGACAACCGGAUCGCCUCCGGGCUCGAAUUUCUCGUGCAGGCCGGGCUCGAUUCGCUUCGCGACCUCGAUUUGUCGAACAAUCGGAUUCAGUACAUUGAGGAUCUCGCGCCGCUCGCGCAGUUGAAGCUGGUGUCGCUGGAUCUGUACGAGUGCCCCGUGACGCGCGUGAAGGACUAUCGAUCUAGGGUUUUCGGGUUGAUCAAGUCGUUGAAGUACUUGGACAAGAUGGACGCGGAGGAGAACGAGCGGCCCGAGAGUGACGACGAGGAGGAGGAUGAGGAGGAGGAGGAAGAGGAUGACCCUGGGAGCGGCGAGAUUGACGGCGGUGAGGAGGAUCGGCCCUUUGGGAUUAACAAUGGGCACAGUGAGGGUGCUGAUGGCGUUGUCGAUGCUGAUGAUGAGGAGGAGAGUGACGCGGAUGAGGAGGAGACGGAGUCGUCGAGGCGGAUGGUUGUUAAUGGAGAGGGCCAUCGGGAGAAUGGUCUUGGGGUUGCGCCAGUGGAGGGGGACGAUGUUGAGGAGGAAGAUGAUGAGGAUGAUUCUGGUGAGGAGAUUGAUGAGGAGGAGGGGGAUGAUGAUGAUGUGGUGGAGGUUCAUGAGAUUGAGGAUAGUGAUGAUGAGGAUGGAGUGGAGGAGUAUGAUGAGGACGAUGAUGAUGAGGACGACGAUGAGGAAGAAGAGGUGGAUAACGACGAGGGUGAUUUUGUGGAGCCUGAGAGAACCGGGAGGUUGACGAGUACUGAGGGUGAGAUUGAUGGGCAUGAGCAGGGGGAAGAGGAUGGGGAUGAGGAUGAUAAUGGGGAGACUGGGGAGGAUGAGAUUGGGGUUGAAGAUGAUGGAGACUUUGAAGAUGACGAUGAAGAAGAAGACUAUGGUGCUGGGUAUCUUGUUCAGCCAGUUGGACAGUCUGAUGCUGUCAAUGCUGCAGUUGCUGAUGUAGAUGGUGGAAAUGAUGAUGGUGAAGAGAAGGAUGAAGUUGAUGACGACGAUGAGGAUGAUGUUCAGGUGUUGCCUCCUCCUGAAUCUUCCCACCUUAAGAGGAAGAGGGAUGAUGAUGAAGAGGACGAGGACAGUGACAAUGAUGAUGAUGAAGAUGUGGUAGCAUUCACGAAGUCACCCAAGAAGCAUCAUUGACGACGUGUUCUAAUAUAUCAUGUUGUUGUUCUGUUUCAGGCUUCCAUGUGUUGGAAGCAGGGAAACCUCCUCAGUUUAGAUAGAAGAACGAUGGUUAGUUUUUAGGAAUUUAGCUCUCUCAUGAACAGAGGACAUAUUAGGGAAAAAAAAGAAUUGUAUGUUGGGUGGAAAUAUGUUUAGUUCAAAAAGUCGUUAGUGUUUUUUCCCUCUUGCCUUUCACAUAUAGCCGUUACUCUAUUAAAAUAUUCAAAUGGCAGUUAUCAGAGGUUUACCGCUCAGUCAUGUGCUCGAUGUUGGUCUGGUGUUGGCUUGUAAAGGAACUGGUGUCUGGAGGGAAAGGGUGGGAACCUUUUCAAAAUUUUUUUCUUUUAAAAAAUCCUCUAGUUUAUUGGAGUACUUUUUUGGUGGGAGAAAAAAGGAAAAGCUUGUAAAAACACUUGUAGAUAGUUUUCUUAUGAUGAAAAUGAUUUCAAUCGAUCAACUUUGGUGCCUAUUGUAAUGUGACGUGGCUAGUUCAUAAA